CCGCCGCCUUCCUCUUCCUCUUCCUCAUCCCGCUCCCCAUCCCUCCUUAGCAUUUGGGAUCUCGUUGGAUGGAUUGGUGUCUGCCCUAGCCUUAGCACGCCGCCAUGGACGACUUCGUGCUCCGCUCCGGCGUGCGCGUGGGGCUCAAGCGCGAGUUCGCCUUCGCCAUCGCAUCCCAGGCCGCCCUCGCCCCAUCCCUCGGCCGCACCCGAUCCUCCUCCUCCGUCCCUCCCACCAUCGCCAAUCCCAAGCGCUCCCGCCCCUCCGAUUCCAACCGCGCCCGCCCGCCGACCCCGGAUCCGGAGCCCGCCCCCGCGGCCCCGCCCGAUCCGCCGCCGCAGCAGCCUCCCGCCGCCGGCCUCAACGGGGAUGAGCCGGUGCUCGCCCUCUUCGCCGCCACCGCGCCUCCCCCGCAGCAGGUGGAGGAGGCCGUCUUCAUCCCGCCGGAGACGCCGCCCAGGCGGGUCACCCGCUCCAUGCUCUCCCCGGCCCCCGCCACCGCUCCACCCCAGCCCGCCAGACCCAGACCCAAGCCCAUGCUCAAGCCCAAGCAGGAGCCCGUGGACGAGGACGCCGACCACACCCAGCCCCAGCCCGGAGGAGCAUCGCCGCGCCGCUUCACCAGGUCGCUCCUGCAGAAUGUCAAGCAGCCGGCCGCCCAAGACGGCGACCAGUCGGGCACCACCACUGCCAGCAGCUCACCCUCGCCCUCCCCCUCCCCCUCCCCCUCCCCCAAGAGCGCCAAGUCGUGGACCCAAGUCCCCAAGAACCUCAGGGAGCUCUUCGCCACCGGCUUGCUCGAGGGCCAGCCCGUCAAUUACUUCAUGAGCAAGGGCAAGCGACCAGUACUCCGUGGAGUCAUCAAAGACACCGGCAUAUUGUGCUCCUGCACUUCAUGUAAAGGCCGAAAUGUCGUUUCACCUUUUUAUUUCGAGGUGCAUGCUGGGAGCCAUAAAAAGCGGCCCUCCGAUUACAUUUUCCUGGAAAAUGGAAAUACUCUGCAUGAUGUGUUGAGGGCGUGCACAGAUGCUACGCUAGACACACUGGAAUCUGUAAUACUGGGAGCAACAGGCCCAGUGCCUAAGAAGAAGACAUCGAAAUGCCAGGACUGCAAAAGUUCGUUCAAAACUUCCUGUGCUGGAAAAUUUGCUUCGUUGUGUGAUCCAUGUCUGGAGUCUAAGGUUGCUCAGAAUAUGACGAGGCCGAGAAUCGGACGGCCACCUAAGAAUCUCUCCCCAGGGACGAAAACCACUACUGCAGCAAGCCCAACUUCAUCAUAUGGAGCGAAGACCACACGUGCAGGAAGUCCAACUUCAUACGGCAGGGUGCCUAGGAAUUUCUACCCAGUAGCAAAGACUCCGAGUGCAGCAAGUCCAACCUCAUCUGGCAGGGUGCCUAAGAAUUUCUCCCCAGGACCGAGGCCUACAAGUGCAGGAAGAAUUACAAGAAAGGACAAUGGCUUGCACAAGUUGGUUUUCAUGAGUGGCAUUCUGCCAGAGGGCACAGAUGUCGGCUAUUAUGUCGGGGGAAAGAGGUUGCUGGAUGGCUACAUAAAGGAACUUGGAAUCUAUUGUAAUUGCUGCAAUACAGUGGUUAGCCCUUCACAGUUUGAAGGUCAUGCUGGCCGAGCUGCUCGGCGCAAACCUUACCACAACAUAUACAUGUCCAAUGGCGUUUCACUACACGAGUUGUCGGUUUCUCUUUCAAAAGGCAGAAAACCUUCAGAAAGGCAGAACGAUGACUUAUGCAGCAUCUGUUCAGAUGGCGGGGAGCUUCUUCUUUGUGACUCCUGUCCGAGAGCUUUUCACAGAGAAUGUGUUGGCUUGUCUUCUGUACCAAAAGGAGCUUGGUGUUGCCGGUAUUGUGAAAGCAGGCAACAGAGAGAAUGUUGUUUGGCAUACAACAACAACGCAAUAGCUGCUGGGAGGGUUGAUGGAGUUGAUUCCAUUGGACAAAUAUUUACACGGUCGAUACGUAUUGCUACAGCGCCGCAGGGUGCAUUUGGUGGAUGUGCAUUGUGCAAGCAACAUGAUUUUGGCAAAAAGAAAUUUAGUGAACGAACUGUGCUGCUCUGUGACCAAUGUGGGAGGGAAUUUCAUGUUGGAUGCUUGAAAGAACACAACAUGGCUGACUUGACGGCAUUGCCUGAGGGAGCAUGGUAUUGUUCCACUGUAUGUGUGGAGAUUUGUGAGGCACUGAAAGACCUAGUUGAUCGUGGAGCAGAACCUGUUCCUGCCGUGGAUGUUGAUCUCAUAAAGAAGAAGCGUGCAGAGAAAGGUUUGAAUGACGAUGGCGGCCUUGAUGUUAGAUGGAGGGUCUUGAGGGACAAAAGUUCAGAAGAUAGUAAAUUGGUGCUGUCCAAGGCGGUUGCUAUUUUCCAUGAAUCAUUUGAUCCUAUCAUUCAAGCUGCUACCGGGCGAGACCUUAUUCCAGCCAUGGUCUACGGGAGGAGCGUAAGGGAUCAAGAUUACACAGGGAUGUACUGUGCCGUAUUGACUGUUGGCAAGACGGUGGUUUCUGCUGGCCUCUUCCGUGUCAUGGGUUGCGUAGCCGCGGAGCUCCCCUUGGUCGCCACCACCAGGGAUAACCAAGGCUUGGGGUACUUCCAGGCGCUGUUUGCAUGCAUCGAGCGGCUGCUGUCGUCGCUGAAGGUGAAGCACUUUGUGCUGCCGGCAGCGGACGAAGCGGUGUCGAUCUGGACACAGCGGUUCGGGUUUGGCAGGAUAACCCAGGAUGAGCUGCUGGAGCACCUCAAGGGCGGGCGGCCGACGGUGUUCCACGGCACGUCGACCCUGCACAAGCCAGUCCCGGUGGAGGUUGAGGCGGAGGCGGAUGCGCGGGGGCCCGAGGAGGAGGACGAAGCGCCGGUGCCGACGGCCUUGGAGUGAGGGGCUAUUGGCUAGCUAGCUAGCUGUUUCCUUAUUUUUUGGGGUGGGGGAGGAUGGAUUUGUAAUGGUGUAAUGUAGAGACAGGGAUAUUUUGUUUUUGGUUUGGUGUCUAGUAGUGUAGGAUGGUGUGUUUUGUUGAGGGGUGAUGGAUCCUUGCUCGUAUGUUCGGUGUCUAGUAGUGUAGGAUGGUGUGUUUUGUUAGGCAGUGAAGAAGAAGAAGAAGAUGAUUCAGUCAGAAUGAGAUGGAUGGUGAGAGAGAGAGAUUGAUUGCUGUAUUUGAUUGAGGAAUGAUAUGGAUAGAUGGUGAUUCAGUCAGAAUGCAUCUUUGCUUA